AUGCACGCAACACUCGCUCUAACAGCCCUCGCCCUCCUCCCAGUGGCGCAGAGCGCCCCAGCAACAAGCAACCUAAACCCCCUCGUCGCUCCCCACGGAGUCCACGGAGUCUACAAACGCUGCGGCCAAGUCUCGAAAUAUUACGGCCAGCACACAGAAGACUGGAACAACUACAAAACUGGCGACUGGCUCAACAACUGGUGGAACAAUCACAGCAGCUUAAUCGAGAACAACUCAGCCGGGUUUGCCGGCGCCUUCGGGCAAUGGGCGAUGGGCAAUCCAGACUGGACCUGUCGAGACGACGGUUCCGACUCGGACUGCGACCUGAACCUGUGCGACAACCGCGUCCUGAACAACCGCGGCAACGACAUCCGACCGACCUACUAUGUCCUCGAAUCCGUCAAUCGGCUGCACACCUAUUUCACUGGUGUCUCGGAGUCGUUCACGACGGCUGCGCUGGGCGCCGCGCUGUCCAAGGAUUCCUGGGCGACGACCUUCUACACGGAUAAAGAUGAUAAGAGCGUGGGUGCGCUCAAGGGCGUUCUCACGGCCAUGACUACCAUCAUCGGUAUCGGGGCUUCGUUUGCGGGCCUUGCUGGCCCCAUUACCGGCGCGGUUGCUGGUGCUGGGGCGGCGUUGAUGGGUGGUGCGAAUAGUGCGGCGGGUAUAGUUCUGGGUCAACAGUUAGCUUCCUUCCUCAAAUACACCAUACACAGUACUAACAACAUGACUAGCCAAGACGACACCUUCCAAAAAUCCGCCGACCUAGGCGGCAUCCUCGGCACGAUCGUCGUCGACUCCCUGAAAUCCUUCACAACCGCGAACAACCAACUAAUGGGCGGCGGCAGCUACAACAAUGCCGACAUUCGCAGCUACCUCUCCGGCGGCGCGUUCCUCUCCUACCAAGGCGUCGACAAAAACGCCGUCACAGACGCAAUGACUCACAUGCUUAUCGGUACCUCCAUCAACCAACUCUACCGCCAACAAAAAGUCUUCAUCAUGGGCGGCGGCGCCUGCGGCGACAACCAAGGCAUCGGCUCCGGGCCGCAGGAAGCGGUAGUGUGCCGCGAUGGCAAAGCCUGGUACCUGUACUACUGGCAGGAGAACGACGUGAUCUCAACAACCUCGCAUCAGUGGGGGUGGAUGAAUCCGCCGCCGGGCUCGGACUCGCUGAACCAGGGACCCUACAGCGGGGUCAGUGUGCAGGAUAUUAUCAACUCGUCGCUGGAUGCGUAUAAUGUGGCCGGGUAUAACUAUGAUUCGGACACGGCGAGUUCGAGAGCGGAGGAUGCGAUUUCGUCUGCGUGGGCGAAUCCAGGUGAGAAGGGGGCGGCUUGGGAGGGGAUUUUUACUAUUCCUGUUUGUGAUGUUGGUGGUGCGGUUGGGCAGGAUUAUGAAGGGGGUGAGUAUAUUCUGCAGCCGUAUGGCCAUGAUAGUCGGCCUGUUUGGUGUGGGCCGAUCUGUGGAGGUGAUUCGCAGAAGACGAAGGAUUUUAUUAACGCGGCGAACAUGGAGGGUUUUGAGAGUCCGAAGCAUCUUUGUUCGGAGGAUCCGGGGUAUUAG